GCACAGAGAGUGUGUAUCGAUGGAUGUUGUGUUGGUGAUAUGUGUGUUGUGGUGAUGAAUUGGAGAAAAUGUCCAAAUCAGGACCUCUCCAUAUGGAGGAAAUUGGGGAAAAAAUAACAAAACCUCCCGAACCUUCGAACAUGGGUGUAAAUAUAAGUAGCCACGGUGCAAGAAUAUUUCGAAUUUUGCUGUCCGUGGCAAUGCGCUGUUGGGCAUUGGCAGGUGCAGCAAUAUUAGCAUGUCUGUUGCUGUAUUGGGCCUACGGAGGUUUACUUGCGUUCAUGCUGCUAUGUUUUGCGACAACAGGUAUAUUGUAUCACACGGAAGAUAAUUUAUUAUUUCAUCCGGAACUACCAGCGCAUUCUCGUGUUUUUGUACCAGUUCCUUCUAUGUUUGGUUUACCGUAUGAAAAUUUAUUUAUACGGAGUGGGGACGGUACACUUCUGCACAUGUAUUUCGUGCGCCAGCCAGGUGAAGUAGCAUUAAAGGCUCCAACUAUACUUUUCCUUCACGGAAACGCUGGAAAUAUGGGCCAUAGGUUGCAAAACAUUGUAGGUUUGUACCAGAACUUGCAAUGCAACAUAUUGAUGUUGGAAUACAGAGGUUAUGGGCUUUCCCAUGGUUCCCCUAAUGAAGAAGGCUUAUAUACAGAUGCACGAGCAGCCCUUAACUUCCUGUCAUCACGUUGUGACAUUAACCACAAAGAGAUCAUUGUAUUUGGACGAUCGUUGGGAGGUGCUGUUGCAAUUGAUGUUGCCUCCAGCCCUGAUUAUUCUGCAAAAAUAUGGUGCCUAAUUGUAGAGAAUACAUUUACAAGUAUUCCAGAUAUGGCAAAAGUACUUAUCGGUUGGAGAAUUUUGCAAUAUUUACCUCUGUGCUUUUACAAGAAUAAGUUUGUUUCAACCAAUAAGAUUGGUUGUGUCCCAAUCCCAACACUUUUUCUGUCAGGCUUGGCUGAUAGAUUGGUUCCGCCACAAAUGAUGACUGACCUGCAUCAACGUUGUGGUAGUCACCACAAACAGUUAAUACAAUUUGCAAAUGGUAGCCACAAUGAAACAUGGACUAACUCUGGUUAUUACCAUGCAAUUGCAACAUUUUUGAGGGAUGUUCGUGUUCGCCACUCAUCUCCACCUGUUGCAGUUCCUUGUGAUAUUGGCAUGAAGACUGUGUGAUUGCUUACAGUGCCCUUAUCAUACAACUUUUAUUUAUUUAUUUUUUAUUUAUUUAUUUUGUGAUUUCAUUCAUUUGUGGCUUUUUUGCAUUAGAGACAGGUGUAAAGAACCACAUUUAUUUGUCACAAAUAUUUUACUAGAGCCUAAGUAAAGUGAAAACAAGCCUUAUAGCUGUGUUAGUACAUCACAAAGACUAGUUGCAGUGAUUGAAGGUUGUGAAUGUGGUUUGCCAUGAUUCAUAGUUCUGCAAGAUUCUGUCCAUUUAAACAGUUGAAGUGACAAAUAUAACCCGUCCUACAAUCAAACUUUAAAAUUUGAUAAUGUCAAUUAGUGUGUUAAUAACAUUUUUGAGAACUAGAAGUAGCACUUCCAGUGUACUUUUUGACAUUUUGUGCAACAUUAGCAGGAACUCGAGUACUGUGCAUUAGUGACUUGAAGACAGCUUGUUGUGUAAUGAAGUACUUUGUAUUCAGAACAAGUUACAUAUCAUCUGAAUGAGACUAGACUGUAUAAAAUGCAAACAAGGUAUUGAACAGUGCACUGACAAUACUUCUAUAAUUCCGACGUGCCUCAUAAAAUUCUGCAUCAGGUAGUCACAGAACAGAAAUGCUCCAAUUUGUAUAAUUAAGUUCAUACAUUUUGUAUUUUUAAAUAUGUAUUUUGUUUUUUAUAUACAUUGCAGACUUAUUAAAACAUUAUUAAACAACUCA